CCUUUUUUUUCUCUGUCCCUUUUGCCAAAUCUCUAUUCACUCUUCUGUUAAAAACUUGAAACUCUUCUCUCUUUCUCUUUUUAGGGUUUCAUUUUUAGGAUUCCACUUUCUAGAUUCCAACUGCAGAUACCAUCUGCACUCGAUUCUUCUCCCCAACCUUUUACGUGUUCCUGAUUCUUGAUCCCCACUGGCCGCCACAUUUUCCUGCUUAAUUCGAUCUGAUCCUUUUCAUCUCGGAUCCAAAAAACCGAACCAUCAGCACCUGUUUUCGCACUUUUAUCGCAGUAUCGCAUUCAAUUUUUUCUUAGAAUCGAUGUUGCAUUAGCUUAGAGAGUUGAACGUUCUACCAGGUUGGUCGUUUAGAUGGUAUGCAGCAGUUGUGUAAGGUCUUUGGUUGUUCAAGCUGGAACCUUUGCCAAACGAGUGAGAAUAAACAACACUAGGAGGAGUUUGCAAGCUGUCCCUAGUAUUUCUUAUUCGACUACUCGUCAAUUUAAGACAUUCACAGUGAUGAUGGUGGAUACGGGUUCCGUGUCAAGAAGUGCUGGUUCCCUUGUGGAUAUGAUGCCAGAGAAAGAUGAUGAUGGCCGGUUUGCAAGUGGAGGGUGGAAAAGUGAGGAUGGAAGGCUUAGCUGUGGGUAUUCAAGCUUCAGAGGAAAAAGAGUAACGAUGGAGGAUUUUUAUGAUAUUAAAACAUUGAAGAUUGGUGGUCAUUCAGUAUGUUUAUUUGGAAUAUUUGAUGGUCAUGGUGGUUCUCGUGCUGCAGAGUAUUUGAAAGAGCAUCUCUUUGAUAAUCUCAUGAAGCAUCCAAAAUUUUUUACUGAUGCCAAAUUGGCUAUAAGUGAAACGUAUCAAGGGACUGAUUCUCAAUUUCUGGAUUCUGAAAAAGAUACUUUCCGGGAUGAUGGCUCUACUGCUUCAACCGCUGUUUUGAUUGAUAACCAUCUCUAUGUUGCUAAUGUUGGAGAUUCUAGGACUAUAAUAUCGAAGGCUGGUAAAGCAAUUGCUCUCUCCGAGGAUCAUAAGCCAAACAGAAGUGAUGAACGGAAGAGAAUUGAGAAUGCUGGGGGUGUUGUCAUGUGGGCAGGUACUUGGAGGGUAGGAGGUGUCCUAGCAAUGUCUCGCGCCUUUGGCAAUCGUAUGUUGAAGCAGUUUGUUGUUGCAGAACCUGAGAUCCAGGACCAGGAGAUAGAUGAACAAACUGAAUUGCUGAUUCUUGCAAGUGAUGGACUUUGGGAUGUAGUACCAAAUGAUGAUGCCAUCGCUCUUGCUUGCACAGAAGAGGAGCCUGAGGCAGCUGCUCGUAAGUUAACAGAAGCAGCAUUUUCUCGUGGCAGUGCAGAUAACAUUACAUGCAUUGUGGUGCGCUUCCAUCAUGACAGAACAGAACCCAUUGGUACUGACAAAGUAGAUGCCAUUGUUCCUGACAAAGUAGAUACCGCUGUUCCUGACAAAACAGAAGUGGCAUCAGCUAGUGUCAAGCAAGAGAGGAACAAAGCAGAUGCCACCGUUCCUGACAGAACAGAAGCAGCAUCAGCUAGUGUCAAGCAAGGGGAGUCUACUUGAAAAGCGCAAAUGCAUUGUUUAGAUCUUUUGGGGGUAAAGUCGAAUGAACACCGAGGUGAGGAUAUGCAUGGUGGCUCACUGUGCAUGACAACAAGCGAUUUGUUUAUUCAUUAGUAUUUGUAAUCUUAGUCUCUCGUGUAUUCUGAUUUUGGUUUUAUGAUCUUUAAAACUGGUUGCAGCAUUUGUCCAUAUCUAUUUAAGUUUAUUGUUUGUAGAGGCAUCAAUUUGGUAUUUUGUUUUGAUCUAAUAAAUGCAGUGUGCAUUUUUUCUCUUUUAA